UCGCCCUGGUCCGAACUGGUUUACUUGAACAUAUAUUUUUUUCCUUUGGUUAUUGUUACUAAUUCGUAAUAUACGACAGAAACAUAUGUAAUAGUUUAUACGGUUGGUUAGAAAGAAGAUCAACUCGAUCAUUAAAUUGGCUGAGAUACUUUAAAGAAACGAUGUCGAACCGUCUUGCGUUUCAGACCCAGCUAGCCUCCAUCAUGGAGGUCUUGGCAAAUGCAGCGGUGGCAGAAAUAUGUAAACUUGUGGAAGACGACUAUGCAGUUAUUAAUUUACAAAUGUCUCAGUGCCAACGGGAAAACAAAGCGCUGAAAAGAAAACUGCACAUAUUGGAAUUGAAAAUGGCUCGGGGUUAUGCCGAGAGAAGAAUCCGUGAAAGCUCCCUCAGUCGCUCCAACAGGGUUCAUGUGAACGCAACAAUAGCGGACAAAUAUCGAGGGUCCCCCAAUGAUCAUUUCCCCAGCCAAGACGUCGUCUACGGAAGGCAGAUGGACAUUGGGUUGUGGAGAGGCGGAAAGCCGUCGGGGACCAACCCAGAAAUUCACUCCCCUGUACAGGAUAAGUCUGCGGCGUCAGUGAUUCCUGAGGAUGACACUGUACUAGUCAAAGAAGAGGGACCAGAGGAAGAGCUUGGACAGAAUCACAAGCAAGAAGUGCUGCAAAUCAACGAAGACGGAGUGGCGGAGGUCACGUCCGAUGUCGGCGACCCGGGCUUCAGCAGCGGCCUUUCUGAGAAAGCAGAGGAUCUGAUGCCGUCCAGGACCCGGAACGGUGCAGUGGAGGUCAGUGGAUCUGACACAACCCUUAAAUCUGAGCCAGAGUUUGAGAGCAUUGAGGGGGUGUCCCAAGACCCUACGGAAAGACUGGGUGGGGCAGAGUUUGGUGUGAGUAGGGGCUCUUCCAGUCCCUCGGGGACUUUCUUUACGCCAGGGGGUGAUGACGACAACGAUGACGCGGAAAAAAGCCGACCGUCUUGCUCUUACAUCGCGAGCGGCGGUAGUGGUGAGGGACUACGUUCCGCGUGUCUCCAAGAGCAACCAGAGAUCAUAGAGGUGGAUUCGGGAGAGGAACUCUCUCUGUGGGACAGCGAGGUGCUGUCAGGGCGACUUUGUUCCUCGCAGCAGUAUCGGAACAGUGGCAGAGACGGACAAGACAUGAUGCUUCAAGACAACCUCUCCAUGUUACCCUCUCGCCCCCUGAUGACCCUCGACGAUCUCGCAGCCGGCGCGUCGACGUCGGGCAUGCGGAACCUUAACGGCGACGUCGGCAUCCUUCACCCCAGAGGCGUCAAGGCCGGCAACCGAGGAGGCACCCGCGAAAAACUCUUUAUGUGCAACAUCUGCGGCAAAGCGUUUAACCGGCCCAAGAAGGUGGAGAUCCACCAGCGGGUUCACACGGGGGAGAAGCCGUUCAGAUGCACCACCUGCGGGAAGUGGUUCUCCGAAGCAGGCAACCUGAAGAAGCAUCAGAGGGUCCACACGGGGGAGCAGCCUUACAGCUGCACGUUGUGUGGGAAAAGAUUCGCUUGGAUACGCAACCUCAAAACUCACCUGCAUCUGGAGGCUCAUCAGCGCGUCCACACGGGAGAGAAGCCGUUCAAAUGCGCGACGUGCGGGAAGCUGUUUUCCGAGGCGGGGAACCUGAAGAAACACCAGAGGGUCCACACCGGGGAGAAACCGUUCACCUGCACCCGCUGUGGGAAACGUUUUGCCUGGAUCUGUAACCUCAGGACCCACCAGCAGUCGGCGGCCUGCGGAGGCGUCUAGAACAUGG